GAGACGCACACCUCCCUUUUACCACUUGGCUGAUGGGGCACGGAGGGGAGACGCACACCUGUGACCCGCUCAGAGCCCAACUGUUCUGAGUCGCUCCGCAGCUCGCCGGCCGCCCCGGGAGAAGACAGCGGCUCAGCGGCGUCCUAGCGGCCUGGACAUGGAAAGUGUGGACUGGCUGGGGUUCCUCCUCGUCACGCUGGACUGCAACGUGACCAUGCUGGGGAAGGUCUGGCUCCUGCUCACCGUGCUGCUGAGGCUGGCGGUGCUUGCCCUGGCCGCGCUCCCCGUCUACCAGGACGAGCAGGAGCGGUUCGUCUGCAACACCCUACAGCCGGGUUGUGCCAACGUCUGCUACGACGCCUUCUCGCCCGUGUCCCCUGUGCGCUUCUGGGUGCUGCACAGCGCCGCCGUGCUCCUGCCCUACGCCGCCUUCACUGUCCACGUGCUGCACAGGGCGGCCCGGCUGGCUGCCCACCGGCUCCGCGGGGAGCGCCGCCCGCUGCGCCUGCCCGACUUCUCCUGGAGCUACAUCGUGCACCUGUGUCUCCGGACCCUGCUGGAGGUGGCCUUGGGGGCCUCCCACUACCUCCUCUUUGGGUUCCUGGUCCCGGCAAGGUUCUCCUGCAGCCAUGCCCCCUGCCCCGGCGUGGUGGACUGCUACGUGUCCCGGCCCACGGAGAAGUCCCUGGUGACACUGUUCAUGUGGGCGGUCGGUGCAUUGUCCCUCAUCCUUGGGGUCCUUGACUUGAUCCUUAGCCUGCGGGCCCGGACCAGGCCAGCAGCCAAGGGCUCCUCCAUCAUGGAGCAGCGUGGCCAUGUGGGGAGCCCAGAGGAUGUAGAUGGUGGGUGGCAGGGAGAGGGGGUGCCCACGCGCCCUGUCCCGUGGCCCCGAGGCGAGGGUGCCGCCAGCCCCAGUGGCACAUUCCGUGGGUCCGGGCGCUUGGAGCUUCCGGAUGAAGACGGGAGUGAGGGGAUGGCCUCAGUCAGUGACCAGCUGGCCAGGGCAUGCAGAGAGCCAGUGGGCAGCCCCUUCAGGGAGGCCCCCAUAGACCCCAGUGGCUCAGGCCCCACUGGGGUGGUGGAGCAGCCCUCCCCGGGGCCUCGGGGCCGCCUGGCUGCACACCGCUCCUGCAGUCAGCUCCAGCCAUCAACCCGGCCAGCCAGCUCAAGCAGUGCUCCCCACCUGAGAGCCAAAAGGUCCGAGUGGGUGUGAAGGGGCCACUGCCCCAGGCAGGGGCGCCCCCCAGCAGGUGCACAGCGGCCCAUCACUGAGCCACGCUCCAAGAGGGCAGCAUCGGCAGGAAGCCAGCCAGCCAGCCUGGGACAGGCGACCCCGAGAGACCCGGCUCAGACUUGUCGGCAGGAAGCCAGCCAGCCUGGGACAGGCGACCCUGAGAGACCCGGCUCAGACUUGUUUGGACAGCCCUGUUCCUAAAGGCACCAGCAUGAGACACCCACGCCGAGCCACAGCCGUGAGUGGGACCGUGUGUAGCCUCACUCCUCACAGCCCUGUGCUCUCCGUGGUUCCUGGUGGGUGGGUGGGUGGUUUUGAGAUGAGUGUUUGUCUUUCAGAGGCACCUGUGAUGCAUGGGUGACAUUAAUAACUUCUCCAGUGCUCCUAAUAAAGCAAAGGCCGACGGCAUCGUGACCCCA